CCGGAAUUACUGAUAGGACAGGAUAAUUAUCAUCUUUUGCAACCUAUGCAGGUCAUUAAGGGUAAGGUUAAUGAACCGUAUGCUACACUCACACCGCUGGGGUGGUGCCUCCACGGCUGCGUGCCACACUCACCCGCUGGGGCCGCCUGCCACUCCUCACUGCUCGUCUGCUGCCGGGAACCGGAGGAAGACUCGGAGUGCCAGCGCAUCCUGCGUGACAUGCACGACGAGGUGCGACGCUCCUUCACCAUCGAGUCCAUGGGUGUCUCGCAGAAACCGCGGCAAAACUCGCUGGACGUUCAAGCAGUGAACCAUCUGGACCGAAAUUCUGUGUUGCUGAACGGAAGGUGGUACGUCGGCUUACCGUGGAAAACAGCUGAUGCUAACCUGCCUAACUCGAAACCUAACGCUAUGAAACGUCUGGAGAACGUGGAGAAGAAGAUGAAGGCCAACGAAGGUUUUUCCCUCAGGUACAGGGAACGGGUGCAACACCUACUGGACAAUGACUUCGCCGAGGAGCUGACGUGUACACGUACUUCGCCUAGAAUUUGGUACCUACCUCACUUCGGGGUCGACAACCCGAAUAAAAAAAAACUGAGAUUAGUAUACGACGCCGCCGCUAAAACUGAUGGAUUUUGUCUCAAUGACUAUCUACUAACGGGUCCUGACCUACUUAUGUCGCUGUAUGGAAUUAUGUUACGCUUCAGGGAAAAAAGAAUAGCCGUGACAGGAGACAUAAAGGACAUGUUUCUUAGGAUUAAAAUUAAUCCUGAGGAUCAAGAUGCAUUGAGAUUUCUAUGGCGCGACCAACCGGAAGUACCUGUGAAAACCUACGUGAUGACGUCACUAAUAUUUGGCGCCAGCUGUUCACCAUUCAUCGCACAGUAUGUGAAGAAUAAAAAUGCACUCAGGUACGAGUCUUCGAUGCCGGCCGCCGUCCACGCGAUAUGUAAACAACACUACGCAGAUGACUAUAUAGAUAGUAUAGACGACGAAAAUACCGCUAUACAGCUUGUGAAGGAUAUUGUUUACAUUCACAGUCAGGGUGGUUUCGAGAUAAGAAAUUGGACAAGCAACUGCUCAGCUGUUUUGGAUGGGUUGCCUCAAGAAUCUCUGGGCAAUACAGCUGUUAAUUUGAAUAUGGACCAACAUAAUCAAGGUGAACGAACUCUUGGCCUUAUCUGGUAUCCGAAGAAUGACUGCCUUAGCUUCGACGUCUCGCUGAAGAAAAUUCCUGAAAAUAUAAGGGACGGUUCUAAGAAACCCACGAAAAGGGAAAUGCUGCGGGUUAUAAUGUCCAUCUUCGAUAUACUGGGGUUUCUUUCACCAUUUACGAUAAAAGGAAAGAUUAUGUUACAAUGUACCUGGAAAAAUGGAUUACAAUGGGAUGACGUCAUCACUGAUAGCAUUCAUGAAAAAUGGUCUGAAUGGAUAACUUUAUUACAGCGCGUGGGCUCAUUAAGCGUGCCCCGUUAUUAUCAAAUUCCAAUGGGUGCGAGCGAGAAAGAAGAUGUACUGAAUGUACUGAAUAACAUCGGGCCGGUCUCGCCUAGCAACAGUGACGCGCCGCCUCCAACUGGCUAUACAAACUUACAGCUACAUAUAUUUUGCGAUGCGACGACUCAAGCUAUGUGUGCUGUGGCUUACUGGCGCUGGGAAACUAAUGUUAUUCGAACAGCAUUCGUAUCGAGUAAAUGCAGGGUUGCUCCUGUGAAACACAUGUCGGUGCCGCGAUUGGAGCUACAGGCAGCACUUCUAGGAGCUCGGCUCGCUGAUAACAUUGAAAGGGAACACACAAUGAAGCCUAUCAAAAGGAUAUUUUGGAGCGAUUCUAGUACUGUUCUACACUGGAUAAAAAAUGAUGCAAGAAAUUAUAAGUCAUUUAUUGCACAUCGGUUAGGAGAGAUUGACGAACUCACGCACACCAGCGAAUGGAGAUAUGUACCUACGAGUGUGAAUGUCGCCGAUGUUGCUACGCGGGAAACUUGCGAGUUUUCGGUGUUCGAGAACGAGUGGUUUCAUGGCCCGGCGUUCCUUCUCGACGAUGAGUCAUCAUGGCCGCGGGGUAUACUUACUCCUCAAGUGAACGAGUUGGACCUGGAAUGCGUAACGGUUGUACAAACGAACCCGUUGGACACAAGAUUCGUUCCUGACCCGCUGAAAUUUUCAUCAUGGUUGCGGCUACUCAGAUCUACGAGUGUUAUGAUAUCAUUUAUUGAUAUAAAAAUUAAGAAACUCACCGGUGUCAUUAACGGAGAUAUGAUGAUAAGAGCUGAAAGGUUAUUAAUUAAAUAUGCGCAGAUGCAGAGCUUCCCCGAUGACCUGAAGGACCUGAAAAAGAUAAACACAUUAAGUAAAUUAAGUAAAUUACUUACCUUGUCACCUUACCUGGACGACUUCGGAAUCCUGCGUGUUGGAGGUCGCAUCGAAGCUGCGCGCGACGUGCCCGCAGACAUGAAGCACCCCGUCAUCCUCGAUGGCCGCCAUCACAUCGCUCGCCUUAUAGUAAAGCACUUACACAUCCGUGCUGCUCAUGGGAAUCAUGAAACUGUCGUCAACGAGCUGAAACAAAAAUACUGGGUGCUGAAAAUUCGACCAACUGUGAAGCGAGUAGCCAUGGAAUGUAUGGUCUGCAGAAUAAGAAAGGCUGAACCUAGACCACCUAGAAUGGGCGACUUACCGGAAGCACGCAUGGCCCACCAUCAACGCCCCUUCACCUUCUGUGGGCUUGACCUGUUCGGCCCAAUGGAAGUCACUGUGGGAAGAAGGAGGGAAAAAAGAUACGGCGUCCUCUUCACGUGUCUGACUGUGCGAGCCAUACACAUAGAACUGGUGGCUACACUGACCACAGACUCCUUAAUAAUGGCGCUACGCAGACAAGCCUGUCGUCGUGGGUGGGCACAGCAGCUGUUCUCAGACAACGGAACUAAUCUACGCGGCGCAGACACUGAACUGAGGAGAUCAAUACAGGACUUGGAUCAACAAGUUUUAAAGUCAGCUGCUAUCAACUACGGAACCACUUGGACAUUUAUUCCACCUACAAGCCCACACUGGGGUGGGGCGUGGGAGAGACUUAUUCGUUCAGUCAAGGUGUCACUAAAGAUAAUCCUGAGGGAACGCGCCCCUAGAGAAGAAGUCCUACUCACUCUGAUGGCCGAAGUGGAACAAAUUGUCAACAGUCGUCCGCUGACGCAUGUCAGUGUUGAGCCUGGAUCGAGCGAAGCGCUCACACCUAAUCAUUUUCUGCUGGGGUCAUCGUCGAACCUACCUGUCCUCGGAGAAUUCUGUGAAUCAGACCUGUACCUGCGAAAACAAUGGAGGAUUUCGCAACGGCUGGCAGAUAUGUACUGGUCUCGCUGGGUAAAAGAAUUUCUGCCGGAACUGAUACCUAGAAGAAAAUGGACGGAUGAAGUACCACCUAUAAAAGUUGGUGAUCUGGUGGUGAUAGUGGACGGGAACGCCCCGAGGAACAUGUGGCUGCGAGGCGUCGUGGAGGCGGUGCUGCCGGGCAAGGACGAGCGAGUGAGGGUGGUGGACGUGCGCACCCGCGCCGGGCUGGUGAGGCGCCCCGCGACCCGCGUCGCAACUAUACCUGUAGGUUAG